UACACACUAUUAGUACAUAAAUAUUUCCGCACUUAUCUUCUUUCACAUAUUCGUUUGCGCGAAAUUAACAGGAAAACAAUGUUUCAUACAGAAAUCAUGCAAAAAUCAUAGUUAAAUUUUCAUCAAAUUUACGUAUGUGUGUGUCACAAAUGUCGUGUACAUAUACGUUGUGACGUUGCCAAUCCAUGCUUUACAUUCUCGCGCGAGCCACGAGACGAGAUUACAGUGCCGUCAUGUUUAGCCUUCUGAGUUGCUUUUGAGUCCCUGAGGCCCUUACAAAGGAUUUAAUCCAAAUCGAAUUUUGAAUUAAAAUGGAAUACAAGAAGGUUCCAAAUACAAAACUGCAAUAAUGACAAGCGGGACUCAGGAGGUUAGUGCAUUUUUUGUUGACACUGACACUUGACAGGUAUUUGAUAUACAUCAAAACGUUUGUAAUGUGUCCUUGUGAAUUUUAUUCGUUAGUAAAAUGAUAACGUCUAAAUCGAAUUAUAAAAAUCAUCGGUAUUCUGGGCCGCGUAAAUCCAGAAACAGAGUUCGCGGAGCAUUAAAGCGCAAUCAUGACGGUGAUGUGUCUCGUGUAGACGUAUGGCGUAAAAAGAGAAAAAUAGAAAUACCUCAAAAUGAAGCAGCUGAAAGUGCAGGACAAAAUAUUGUCAAAACUUAUAGUAGGCAAGUGCCAGUCGUACAUGUAGAGGCUACUUUUGAUGCAAAAUCUCAUCAGCCAUCAACUAGUAAUAAUAGUAAAGCUUUGCCUCUGAAGCCUGAAACUAAGGCUUUGGAAAUAAACUGGCCAGUAACUGAUCCAACUUUGGCAUGCCAUGAAUUGACUAUUGAGAAAAGUGUUGAUAAUAACUUGAUUGGUCUGACUGGGAACAGAAUUGUUGACAUCCAACACAUCCUUCACUGGGCAUUUGCUCUGGGAAAGCACACAAAAACUUGCGCAAAUAGUACCAUUGAGUUUGUCAGAGAGCUGCGGAACGGCUUCAACAGUAUAUUCAUUUUUAAAUGCAGCAUGUGUGAUAAAGAAUUUCGAGAGAGCAAUGAGAAUAGUGAUCAUGAAAAACUAAACACAGGCUUUGUGUGGGGAACAGUAACGGGUGCAGGUUAUUAUACACAAGCGUCUCAUUUGACUAACGUAAUGGAUAUCCCCACAAUGGGUCCUUCAAAAUUUAGAAAGAUAGAAAAAUCACUGGGAGAUACAUGGAAAGAUCAAUUGACAGAAGAAAUAAAGAAUGUAGGACAACAAGAGAGAGCUAUAGCUAUUGAAAAAGGUCAAAUUACUGACAAUGGCAUUCCAUACAUAGAAGUUGAAGUGGAUGGUGGGUGGGCCAAGAGGAGCUACGGUCAUAACUAUAACUCAGCAUCUGGUAUGAUACUGCCUGAUACCAAAUUACCAUUGUAUGGUCGCAAAAUGUUGAAAGCCAGGUUAUCAAAACUAACUACAAUUUCGAGGAAAAUUAUCUUGCAUCACGCCGGAAAUAGGUUGGCGAUGAGAAAUGACCUGCAGUAUGGCCCUUCACAUGUGUUUGGGGAACAUGAAAAAUGCCAAGAUUAUUUUUGUAAAUACAUUGCAACUGGCGAGCAAGAUGUAAAUUAUGUGAAGAGUAUGAAGGAAAAGGCCCCUGCCGUUUGGGCAGUUAUUUGUGCUGCAAAUGAAUUUGUAAUCACUAAAACAAAUCGGUUGUCAAAUGAUACAACCAAUCAUGUUGAAAACUUUAUGAGCAUUAUAAGUAAAUUAAGUAAAUUCAACUGCGGCAAGCGGCUUAAUCUUCAUACAGGUGGAUCUUAUCAGCGUAGAGUGACGGUUGCAGGGCUCUCACAAGUAACUGGCCAAACUUGGCAUAAGUCUGCGUGGCGAAAAUGUACUAACAGUUCCCCAGGCAAAACUUUUAGAAAAUAUAUUGGCCAGAGACAGAGGACUGAAGCGCGGAGGAAACUCUACAAACGCAGACGACUUUUUCAUGCUAAGCCACCUCAGCCCGAUAAAAAUUAUGGUCCUGAAGCUCAAGACACAGCAGACCCAGUAAAUCUUGAUGACCUAAAGAAAAUAUGUGCUGAUAAGUUGCCUGAAUUCAACAAAACUGCUGAUGAAAUCAAGGCCAUAGAAGAAAGCACUAUUGGUCAACAUGAAAAUGAUCUGUACAAUAUGUAUAGGAGUGACAGGUUGACAGCAAGUCAAUUUGGAGUGAUAUGUAAGCGAAGAAAAACUACGCCGUCUCACAACCAUGUCAAACAAGUGCUUUACAAAAGCAAUAUUUACACAAAAGACAUGCUUUAUGGACAACAGAACGAAUCGGUGGCGAGAACGUACUUUAUAGAAAAUUACAAAAAGACGGUUCGUCAAGCUGGACUAUACAUUGAUGCCGAAUUUGGGUUUCUGGGCGCUAGUCCUGAUGGUAUCCUGGUUAAUGAAGAGGCGAUCUUGGAAAUAAAAUGUUUUCCUUCAUUAGCCAGGAAACAUCAGGACAUCCUCAGUGCGUCAAAGGAAAACAAAAAUUUUCCUGUGGUCCAAAAAAAUGGAAUUUUGUCCCUGAACGAAAAACACCAUUAUUACUAUCAGGUACCUAAGUAA